CUCAGUUAAUAUACAGACUCGACAUCGUCAGAGGCAAAAUUGUUUUUUUCUCGUGGCUUAUUAACCAGCGUGGCUGACUUUUGUUUUAGAAAGAUUCUUGAACGGCAGGAAAGAUGCCGAUAUUCCUAGUUUUGGGAAUCUUGAACUUUUCUAUUUCAGUUUUUGCUGCAACCCACUCUCUAAAAUAUUUUUAUACGGGGACAUCAGGAGCCAAUGGUUUCCCAGAGUUUAUAACAGUGGGAAUGAUAGAUGAAGAACAGUUCACAUAUUAUGACAAUUUCAUCAAAAGAGAAACUCCCCGGCAGAGUUGGGUGAUGGAUGCAGUGGACCCUGAUUACUGGGACAGGAACACUCAAAUCUGUGUUGGUGCUGAACAGCAAUUCAAAGUAAAUGUAGACACUUUAAAUAAGCGCUUCAACCAAACUGGAGGAAUUCACACACUCCAGAAUAUGUAUGGCUGUGAAUUGGAUGAUGAUGGCACCACUCGAGGUUUUGACCAGUAUGGCUAUGAUGGAGAUGAUUAUCUUAGUUUUGACAAACAAACCCUGACCUGGAUUGCAGCCAGUCAACGUGCAUUGACCAGUAAAGGGAUUCGGGAUGCAGAAAUGGCAAACAAUCAAUAUUUAAAAGGGUAUUAUGAAGGAACCUGCAUUGAAUGGUUGAAGAAGUAUGUUGAAUAUGGGUCAAACAUUCUGAAGAGAAAAGUUCAGCCAGAGGGAUUUCUCACUCACAAAAUAACACAAUUUGGAACAGAGGUCACCUGCCAUGUAACAGGAUUCUUUCCACGAGCCAUUGAAGUGGUUUGGCAUAAUGGUGGACCACGCGAUUUGGAUAUAGAAAGUGGAGAAGUGCUGCCUAAUGAAGAUGGAACCUUCCAAGUGAAAAAGACCUUGAAACUGACCAAAAAGCCAAAAGACAUAAAGAAAGAUGACUACACUUGCCGUGUGGCCCACAGCAGUCUUCCUGAUGAUAAGAUAUUUAGAUAUGACCCAGCAAUGAGGAAUCCAAAUGAGCCUAAUGGGAAUGGGUCUUUUCCAAUUUGGAUAAUUGUCGUUGUUGUUGGGAUCUUGCUUGCCGCUGCUCUAGGUGUUGGAUUGUUCAUAUGGAAGAAGAAGAGUAGCUCAGGUGAUAAAAAUCCUAAAUACAUUCAGACUUCAACUGGGGAAAAUUCCUCUACUGGUUCUUCAAAUGAAGCCUAAGCAAUUUACUUAAAGAAUGGAGAAAAGAAUUUGAGACAUGGCAACAAACAAUUUUUAUUGGAAGAAAUGGAGUAAUUAUUUAUCCAAGGUUUUUCAGACUUCAUGUUGUCACACAUUACUUUACAUGAAAGUGUAAUGACACCAAGUAAAAUCUGGUUGCCCUAUGUUUUCUUGCUUUUUGAUAUUUUCUUCAAAUGGUAUAUGAUUUGAUUAAUGUAAUAAUUAAUAAUAAUUCUUUACAUUUAUAUAACAUUUUUCUUAAUACUGAACCAACACAGGGAUCAUUAUGACAAAAACAAGAGGGUUUAUUUCACUUGAAAAAUUUCUUUGCAUUUUCACUUGUUUAAAAAUGAUGAAUAUUUUAAGUCAUUGUAUUCCAUAAACAAUCAUCAUCCUUUCUUCUUGGGGGACAGUUUUUUGAGAAACAAAUAUAAUAAAAAUUGUAAUUUUUGUGUUUAAUUCUACUUAUUCUACUUCUCUCUCUCUCUCUCUCUCUCUCUCUCUCUAUAUAUAUAUAUAUAUAUAUAUAUAUAUAUAUAUAUAUAUAUAUAUAUAAUAUGCACAAAAUUGAAUAAGUGAAUCUUUAAACAUAUGUAAUGGUGUCCAGUUAAGAAGUGUGAAAUGCUAAUGUAAUAUCAGAUUAAAAAUAGAACACAUUAAAACAUCUGUAGGAUCACAGCUAAGAAUCAAUGACUUUUCACAAUAAUUCAUAUUUUCUGCCUCCAUGGAAUGUCACCAGUAUACACGUAACUAAGACAUAUGUUAACAAAUAAGUAAAAAGUAGCAUUUUACACGAGUUAUAUUUGAUUCUCGUUCAGUUUUGAUUACAUUUUUUCACUUGAAGUAAGGCUCAUAAAUCAGUUAAAAUGCCAAGCGCUCUGAAUAUGCAGUCACUAGUUAACUGGUCACAUGCUGUACGUUCAACUGUAUUAGCCUAAGUUUAUUUUCCUACAUAAAAUGCCCUAGUUUCUUUAAGCCAAUUAACGAUUUCCCUGUAAUAUUUUGUCACCUCAGCAGUGCAGUGGCCCCAUGUUCAGCUGCUGCCUUAUAGCCCCUAAAUUCUGGUUAAAAUCCUGUGAGGGUUUACAAAUUCACACUUUGGUAUACUGGUGCACAGAUACAUGUAAAUAUAAAGGUUACUUUCACUGGCAUUUCCUAAUUGCUUUUGUAUGGACAAGUGUAUCCUGAAAAGGCCUUGCACAAAGAGAGAAAAAAACCAAUAGAAAAAUCCUGGUUCUUAUACUCUGUAACAUAAUGAAUAAAAAGGAAUACUUGCACAAGACUCCGAAAAGCCAGUAAUCAUAUCUUCAUUAAGAAAAGAGACAAUAUAUUAUGACAGAGUUGCAAUUUAUAUUAUUAUUAUUAUUAUUAUAUUAUUGAUUUACGUGAUAGUUAAACUUGAAUUUUAAAGUAUUCGUUUAAAACUCACUAAAGAAAGUUUCAACACAUACUUUGAACCAAAGUAAUGCAGUAACUUAAAAUGACUAAUAUUAAUGAUAUAUUAAUAAUAUAAUAAUAAUAAUAUUAAUUUGUACUUAUCGUGUUGCUUUGUGGCCAACAAGGAAUCAAGCUGCAUGAAACUAUUUACAAAUUACCCACCAGACAACUUCUUUCACUGAUCUGCUUUACAGUCCUAUAAUAGGUAUCUUGGUGUUUCCAUGUUUUUUAAUAAUAUUUUUUUUAUUAAUGUUUUCUAAAUUAGCACUUUUUUUUUUGAUUGCUGUUUUGUGAUUGCCUAAAAAUAUGCUCCAAACAUAAAAUAAAGAACCAAGUUCUUAACUUG